AACAUCUGGAAUAAAGACAACAAAUCACCAGAGGCCACGAUCCCCAGUUAAACUGCAACACCUGUCGAGACGUCGACAGUCACGUGACGUAACGUCACAGCAGCACGCGCUCACUCUGGAGGAAGAGGUUUAGGAGACAGAGAAGAUCAGAUCUGACAUCACUGCAGCCUCUCGUUAACAACACGUGUGUUUUUAUUUAUGUGAAACUCGUUUGGACGCGAUGACAAGUGUUGAUGACGUGCGGGAAAACGUAAAGAAAUAUUAUGGCGGUCGACUGGAGUCCUCCUGUGAUCUGCAAACAAGUGCUGCCUCCUGCACUUUGUCCUUGGGCUCAGUGCCGAGGAGUGUCAAAGAUGCACUGAGGCUGGUUCACCCAGAGGUGACCAAAAGAUUCUUCGGGUGCGGCCUUCCCUUCCCCGCGAAGCUCGAAGGCUGCAGAGUGCUGGACCUCGGCAGCGGCUCCGGCAGAGAUUGUUAUGCCUUCAGCAAACUUGUUGGCCCGAGUGGACAUGUGAUGGGGAUCGAUAUGACGGAGGAGCUGGUCACUGCUUCUCAACAGUACAUUGAGUAUCAUCAAAAGAAGUUUGACUACAAGGAGCCAAAUGUUACCUUUGUCCAGGGGUACAUGGAGAAGCUUGGUGAAGCUGGCAUACAGAGUGGCUCAAUGGAUGUUGUGCUAUCCAACUGUGUCAUCUGUUUGUGUCCUGAUAAAAGAGCAGUGCUACAGCAAGCCUACAACGCCCUCAAGGAGGGAGGUGAACUGUACUUCAGUGACAUGUAUGCCAGCAAAGUUGUUCCUGAACACAUGAAACAUGAUGCAGUCCUGUGGGGUGAAGGAAUGGGUGGUUCUUUGUUUUGGCAAGACCUCAUUGCAUUGGCCAACAGCGUAGGUUUCAGCACUCCACAUCUUGUCUCAGCAAGCCACAUUGUGGUCCACAACAAUGAUCUCAAGGCAAAGGCAGGUGACGUCAGCUACACUUCUGGGACUUACCGGCUCUUCAAGCUGCCCAAACAUACAGUCAUGUCUCGGGCAACAGUGACCUACAGAGGAACUGUGGAAGAUUUCCCAGAUGAGCUGGACUUUGAUUCAUCAAACUGUUUCAAGAAAGAUGUUGCAGUGGAGGUAAAUGGAGAGAUGGCAGCGAUUCUCCAGACAUCCCGUUUCUUCCCUGAUUUUGAAAUCGAGGUGCUAGAUGAACCUGAGUCCAUCCCAGAGUCAACACCACAGUACUGCCACAUCAACCCGUUUCUGUUGGCUGACAAACUGGGGUCUUGUGUCCAACAAUGCUCCAAAACACGCAAAGAAAGGGUCAAAUGAAUACAGAUACAAUAUAUUUGAAGGACAUCUCCUUAGUUUUUACAGGUUACUUAAAGGCUAAAUAUGUGUGUAAUAUACAGUAUAUUUGCUGACCAUCAUGUACCUGUGAAGAUGUAGAAGGAUUAGUGUCUGUCUGUGUUCAUAGUCGAUGUUUUCAUUGGAUAAUAUAGAGUAGUUUUACAACAUUACAUCAUCAACAAAAAGCUGUUGAAAAUAAGGAUCUCACAUGUCAACUGAUGAAAUAUAAAUAAAAAUCUUUUUGUUUGUGUCUCCAAAA